CAAAUAAUUGUGCAUCGGUUUUGCAUUGAUUUUCUGGAGAAAAAUAACAAGAAUAUUUUUUGCAAAUUUAUAAAACAAAUAUAAAAAUAAAUCCAUUUAACUAAAAAAUAUUAUUUGCAGUAAUCCAAGCAAACAAAAACCAACAUGUCUCAAGUGGAUCAAAAACGCGCUUUCAAUAAAUUGAAGCAUGAUUUAGAGCCUUGGCGCAAUAUUAUCGUUUUGGCAGAUGCUGUUCUGGUGUGGGAAAAGAAUUUCUAUCCGGCCAUUAUAUUUGCCGGUGCCUCAAUAUUUUUCUUAGCUUUAUGGGCCAUGGAUUUAUCGAUUAUCACCUUGAUGGCGUUGGCCGGUCUUUUGGGCGUUUUAUUUGAUUUUCUUUAUCCCACCAUAUCACGUAUAGUGUUUAAUGCGGAUCAGUGGUCGGGCAAACAGGAGGCUCAAUUCGAGCAUAUUGUCAAUCAGUUGUGUAAUAUAAAAUUAUCGAUAAUGGGCUGGUAUGAGUAUUUGUUUGCAAAUAAGGAGAAAAAAUCCACAAUGUUCGUCAUCAUCAUGAGUGUGGCUUUAUUAGCAUUGGCCUGGAUUGGUGCCAUUUUCAAUAAUCUUCUCUUAAUGUAUCUACUUACAUUGGGCGUUACUCUAUAUCCCGGUGUACAGGAUAAGGGGGUGAUCAAACAGUUUAAAGAACGUUUUGGUUGUCUUGUUAGUUCUAAAAUGGAGAAAAUACGUGAAGUAAACAAAAAGCAAGAGUAAUUCCAAACAGGCUAGGAAAAUCAGGAAAAACUAUAAGUAUAAAAAAUAAUAAAAGAAAAUAAAAACAAACAAAACAUAAAAAUGAAUUCAAAAUAACUCUUAUAUAAAUAUAUCAAUCAACAUGUAAUUUAUUUUAGUUUUUAACCACAUUCACGCUCAUAUUUUAGUUUUCUAGGAUAAUUUCAAAUUAUUCCUUAAUAAAAAAAAAAUAUAUUUAAAAUAAACAUGUAUGUAUUUUUAAAGCAAACAACACAAAACAAAAAAUAUCAACACAUGGAGAACUUCGACCAAAGCAUCAAAUAAGUAUUUUUAAAUUAUAAAAAACAAAAUAAAAUACAGACAAAAGGAAAAAUCUACAUCAAAACAGAAAUUAUAAAUUUACCUAAUAUUAUUAAUUUAGAUAUUAAAAGCGAAAAAAAUACAAUUCACAAUCCUAAACAAACAUCUUUUUUCUAAAUCAUUUUGUUUUAUAAAUUUAGAAUUAUGCCGGUAGAGUUUAAAACAGCAUUUUAUAAAAGUAAGUUUUUAUUUGAUUUUACACUUCUUUUAAUUUUAAUGAUUUCAUAAAAAUUGUAUUUAUUUUUCAACUUUUAAAAUUUCGUUUUUACUUUUAACGAUACGCAUAAAUUGACAAAUUAAAAGAAUGGAAAUAAUUCCCUCUAAAGCAUUUAUAUGAAUCGAAAUCAACAACAAAUCACAAUCUUUUUUAGCAUUAAAUAUUUAACAAUCAUCACUUGAAAUCAGCAUUAAUUAAUUAUAAUUAAAGUAAAAAACCAGUCAGUGGUAAAAUAAUAUAUAUUUUUUUUGCGCUUAAGCGUUUAAAUUAAUUAUAGUAUUAAGUAUGUCUAUAAAAACAAAUCCUUAAAAUCCAGAAAUAUUUGAAUUAAUUUAAUAAAAUUAUAAAAAAAAACAAA